AUGGCUGAUCUUCAAAACCUCAAAGAAGAGCUUAAAGCCAUGAAAGAGAAACUGAAUGAGAUGGAAAACCAGAUUCUUGACCUCAAGAAAAAAGUUGUUUUUUUUAUUCUACUUUUAAAAAUAUUUAUCUACCAAGACUCAACCAAAGUGGUGUUCAGUGCCAUAGCCACUGGAAAUGGACACACUGGACCCUUCAACACAGACAAAACCAUAAUCUACAAUACUGUGCUAACGAAUGUGGGCAAAGCCUACAAUCACUUUACAGGGAUCUUCACAGCACCAGUUGCAGGUGUUUAUUACUUCAGCUUUUUCUACCACGCCGGAGGAGAAUGUCAAGCACGACUGUAUCUCUACAACAACAACAAGUUAGUUGUCAUGACGAGUGACCACAAAUCAACACAAGACGAAGCUGAUAAUGGAGGGAACGCCGUGUUCCUGCAUCUGCUGCCAGAGGAACAGGUGUAUGUCAAACUGGCACCAAAUUCACAUGUUUGGGUGGGGGGAACCCACACCACUUUCAGCGACCACUUAGUGUAUGAAAUGUAAACAAAGAAAUGUCAGAUUUUGGCCACAAUAUAUGGAAUAAUUUCAUUAAUGUUGAUUUAUUAGCAUUUGCUAACAUUUAAUGAAAAGUUGAGAACAAAUCAGAAUCAACAAAUUUGUAGUAACCACAAAAAUUAUGAAGGAAAAGCUUAUUGAAAUGCAAAUGUACUUUGACAAAUUGUAAUCACGAGUUUUCUUCAAGGUAAUUUUAAUGACUGAUUAGACAAUUUUAGUGCAUGUCUUAAUAACU